CUUUCUUUUUUGACGCUACAUUUGGGGGUUAUUGUUAUUAGGCACUUUUUUGAAUCUUGUACAUGGGCAUCAAGGGCCUGCUUCCCUUCCUCAAAAAGGCCUCAGUACCUGUAAAUCUAUCUGACUUCAGUGGUUAUGUUGCUGCUGUUGAUGUCUACUGUUGGAUUCAUAGAUCAUCAUAUGCAUGUGCUUCAGACCUGGCACUUGGGAUCCCAACUGAUCAGUACCUAAUAUGUUAUAUUACGAUGUUUUCUUAGAUAUAUUCGGUAUGCAAUGAAGUAUAUCAACCUGAUGAAUUCAUGCAAUGUCAAGCCUAUCCUUGUUUUCGAUGGGAUGGAUUUACCAUCCAAAGCGGAGACAGAUUUGAAGCGCCGAGAGUAGUGUUGCUUAUAUAUCUAAGUGUUUUUUAGGGCUAAAGAAUUGAAUCGGAAAAAGGCGGCUGAGUAUCUCAUCCAAGGGAACAAAGCAGCUGCACAGGAGUGCUUCGAAAGGUCUGUGUUCGUAACACAUGAAAUGGCGUAUGAAGUUCUAAGAGCUGCCCGGAAUAUGGGUGUUGACUGUAUUGUUGCACCAUAUGAAGCGGACGCUCAGUUGGCUUAUCUUAACCGAACCGGUUAUGCCGAUUUUGUCAUCACUGAGGAUUCUGAUUUAUUGUUAUUUGGCUGCAGGCAGGUUUUAUUUAAACUGGAUUUGUCAGGAUCUGGGAUCCUCGUAGCAGCUGCAGCCGGCAUAUGUGAAUGCUGUGGGAUUCCUCCUAGCCAGUUUACUGAAUCGAAGUUCAGAUAUAUGGGUAUCAUGGCUGGUUGUGACUAUUUCAGUGGAAUUCCUGGGAUAGGACUAACCACUGCCGCCAAAAUACUACGUCAAACACGCAUAACUAAUUUCAGAGAACUUUUAUCCAAGUUGGGUUUUUAUGUUAAACUCAGUAGUAAUGCUAUAGCGGAUGACAGCACUAAUACUACGAACAAUGAAGUGACUUACGGCAAGAGAACAAAAGCCAAGACAGCUGGUCAGAACAAGAAUUCUCAGAUCAGCUCAGUACUUAUUGAUGCUGCCGUACGCGCUGAACGUACUUUUCGACUUCAAGUUGUUUUUGAUGUCGCAUCAAGAUGUCAGAAGCGUUUCAGUGAACCUACUCCUGAGGAUAUCGAAGAAGAGAUGCACAAUAUAGAGUCACUGGAGAAAACAGAUGGAAACGAGGUUGUUAUUUUUGGUUACGCUGGUCGGGUAUUGAAAAAUAACGAAAAGGCGUUCAAUUUGGCUCUUGGGAACAUAAAUUAUUCCGACGGUACAGUUGUGGACAGUUAUACCCCGAAUGUUUCAAAAUGCACCUCAUCGAAUGGAGCUCUUGUCGGACACUCAAGUUUACAAACGAAACUCCAGACAUCUAGGGUAAAGCCCAAUCCAGAUCGUUUAAAAACAAGCAUAUUUGACAAAAAUUAUCCUAUUCAAAAAUUGUGGCUUCGUCGUGCUCAAAAUGGGUGCAUUGAACCUGUGGCGGAUGUCUUUUCUUUAAGUUCAAACAUGUCUCUUUCCGAAAAAGAAAAUAAAAGCCCAUUGGAAUCAUCACCAGUCAAGUUAGCAGGAUUAAAGAGAGCACAGUCAACUUAUGGGAAGCAAAUAUUAGUGCCGACAAAUAUUCAAGAACGUUUGAAAAAUUUGACUAAUGAUGCCAUAAGUCAUCAAAAUGGACUUCACGAAACUUCAAAACGCCCUUGUUUUGGACUCGAAAAAUCUCCUGUGGAUGAUACCUCGGAUGUACUGCAAAGUUACGGUCAGACCUAUUGUACUCCAACUACACCUAAAUUAAAAAGACGGAGUUGUCUUUCAUCCACUAUUGUAUCUGCCUCUCGUUACUUCACAGAAGAAGAUAAAGUUGACGAUGUAGCGGUAGCAAUAGACAAUGCUGUUACUAAUCUACCAAAUGGUGAUUCACCUCCUCGCUUGAAUACUUCUCAUAGCCCGGUGUUUUACAAGGCUAGCUCGAAUCCAUUUCGAUUGUCUGUAUCAUCUGCAUUGUCAUCAAAACCAAAAGUUAAUGGAGGUGAAGAUAUUUUAGUAAAUCCAAUCAAUGAAGAUUUGCACAAUUCUCCUAGCUGUCGUAGCGAUUUGGAUGCUGUUCGUCGUUCUAGUUUUGACUUAAAAUGCUUUCAGUUCAAGAAGUCUAGUCAGUCUUCAGGCACUAAUUCUUCUCCCGUAUUUGUUGAUCCAAUCGAACGACAAAAUCGUCCUGUUUCCCCUACAUCACCUGACUUAAAUAAUUCAACAGCUGAUUCACAAGAUAGCUUAUCGAAUUUCUCAUCUCCUAGCUUUUUAAAUUCUCAUAAAAUUUCUUCUCAGAAUCCGAAUGAGAAAAUCUCUCCCAACGAAAUCGUCAGUAAUCACAACUCAGCUGAAACAGAUUCUUGCUUUUCGGAGAGUACUUCUCUGAAAGAAAACAGUGUAGAUAUAAAUCAAAAACAAGAUUAUGUUUCAAAACUGUCAAAAACUAACUUUAAAUUUAAAUCAAUAAGGUCAAAGACGUUAGGCAAAACUCGAGCACCACCUGUACAGUCAACAAAUUUGGAUUCAUUUUUCCAGAAGUGGAAAUUUAAGCGAUCCAGUACAUAAAAUAUUUUUGUCUCUGUGUACUACCACUUGUACAUAUUGACUUAACAUAUCUGUACUUUUAUUUUUGUUUUUUUUAUAGUUGAUACUAUUCCUAUUUUGACUUCAUAUCAGAUAACAUAUAAUUAGCUACUUUAUAAUCUAUUUCUUUUCCAUUUUCUUUUGAACUGAGCCAAUAACUUAUGCCUUAUUGAUUUCAAUGUUAUUUUUAAGGUCUGCAAAUGUUUUUUUACAUUUAUCCUUGUAGUCUUAUCACAUAACAUCUAUUUAAUAAAUGAUAUAUACAGUCUU